AUGCCACCUGCAAAGCGUAGAAAGACCAACGGUGCGAAGAUGAAGACGAGGAACAAGACCAGUGAGCGAAAGCCACUCCCAGUGACUAUUCUGUCUGGAUUCCUGGGCAGUGGCAAGACGACGUUACUCAGGCACAUCCUGCAGUCACCGGACCAUCGAUUGCGAAUUGCUGUUAUCGUUAACGAUAUGGCUUCUGUAAACGUCGACGCGAACCUCAUCAGCCGUGGAAACAGCAAGGAUACCAAAGGGGAGAUCCGUGUCAAAGAGAAGAUGAUUCAGAUGGAGAAUGGUUGUAUUUGCUGCACGCUUCGCAGCGACUUGCUGGUUGAACUUGCACGCCUCGCUUGGAAUGAACAAGAAUUUGACCAUGUGGUUAUAGAAAGCUCCGGUAUCAGUGAGCCACAACAGGUUGCGGAGACCUUCACGACAGAGCUUACUGAGGCGAUGAUCGAUGCCGAGGGAAUGGAGCCUGACGAGAAAGAGGUAUUCGCCAAAGUCGCGAGGCUCGGCGGUUUGAAGACUAUUGCCACCGUCGACACCAUGGUAACCGUGGUAGAUGCCUUCCGCUUCUUUUCUGAGUUCGAUACGGCUGAGUUCCUACAGGACCGUUUCGGAAAAGAAGAAAUACCAGACGAGGACCAGCGGACCAUCUCCGAUCUCUUUGCUGACCAGAUCGAGUUUGCCAAUGUCAUUAUUGUGAACAAGAUUGACAGGGUAGAUGCGUCAACCCUGGGCCGUGUCAAAGCCUACAUCAAGUCGCUCAACCCAAAAGCCAAGGUCAUCGAAGCCAGGUACUCCAAAGUAGAUGUCUGCGAGAUGCUGAAUACGGGCAUUUUCAACUUCGGUGAGGCCGUCGCAAGCGUUGGAUGGUUGCAGAGUCUACACGAGAUGACGGUAAUGGAUGUUUCUGGCAAGAAGCGUAUCGCACCUAGGCCGGAAACAUUGGAGUACGGCAUCGGAUCUUUUGUGUAUCGGGCCCGAAAGCCGUUUGAUCCAUUAAAGCUGUACCGGCUCAUCGAGGGCAAAUUCAUCCUUUUGCAAGAUGAGGCUGAAGACGUGGACGGCGGCGAGGAUGAAGAAGAUGAUAAAGACGAGAAUAAAGUUGACUGUUCAUCUGAAUCUGGCAAAGAUAGCGUCUCGGGGGACGAUUCCGAUAGGAUGAGUGAUGACGAUGCAGCCCCUCCAAUGGAUGACAAGCAGAUCUUGGCCAACAAGAAGGCGUGCGCCUACUUUGGUGGUCUGCACCGGAGCAAAGGCAUAUUCUGGCUUGCAACGCGUCCCAACCAGAUGGGUUCGUGGAGCACGGCAGGCGCAAUGCUGACACUCGGAUCUGAGAUGCCGUGGUUCUGCUGCGUAUCCGAGGAAGACUGGGGCGCUGAUGAGGACACACUGAAGGCUAUCAAGAACGACUUUGAGGGUGACUGGGGAGAUCGCAGGCAAGAGAUGGUGUUCAUUGGGGAGAAGCUCGAUGUUGAUGGGUUGACGAAGAAGCUGGACGCCUGCCUUAUUUCUUCAUCUGAGAUGAAGAAAUGGGACAAGAUAAUGCACAACAACGAGUUGGACGAUGAUGAGAAGGAAGAGGCUCUGCAGGAGAUGUGGGAUGAUAGCUAUUGGGCAGAAUGGCCACGGGCGCACGAUGAAGAGGAACACGAUCAUGAUCACUCACACGAACAUGGCCAUGAUCAUCACGGCCACAAGCACUGA